CGUGACUUUAGAUGUGUUUCCUCGUUUCCUCCGCUCAAAAGCUGCACUUGAACUCACCACAGAGAUCAGAGUGAAUAAACAAGCGACUCACUCGCUGAUCAACACACACGCCCAAUCUCCAUGAAACUAACUUCACACUCCUCUGAAAUCCUGAGUUUAAAACUGAAACUGAAACCGAACAAGAAAAAACCCCACAAAGACUCCGAGGUGACAUCACGGCAGUUCUCUGUGACGCCGCGGCUCGGCGCCACGCUUUGACCUCUUUAAUGUGCUCUCUCUGGAGAAGGAGGAAGACGUGAUUAGAGAAAGAUUUCAGUGGCGGGCAGACAGGCGGCAUGACAGAGGAGAAAUGUCCCCAGCUGGUGGACUACUUUGUAGUGGCAGGUCUGGACCCUGCAGGGCCCUGGAGGCCCCUGGACGAGGAUGGCAAGACCCCCUACAACUCCUCCUCCUCCUCGUCUUCGUCUUCAUCGGGCCGAGCGGUGGAGUCAGUGACGGACCUGGCGGUGAUCGCCCGGGGGCUCGGCGAGGAGGUACCGGAGGGCUUCACCUGCAUCGAGAGGACGCUGGGCGGACACUCGGCCGAGCUGAGCGCCGGCCUCAUCAACAACCCUCACCUGUACCUGUGCUACCGGCGAGGACGAGACAAACCGCCCAUACUGGACCUGGGGGUCCUAUAUGAGGGGAAGGAUCAGCUGAAACAGGGCUGGUACGUCAUCGAGACGACGCCUUACAGCCGCUCGGCCAGCUUGAGCACGGGCGGCGCCCCGACGGCUCACCGGGUGUUCCUGACGUACAGACGGGCUCUGGACUCUCAGGGUCUCCACAUGCUGGGCGUCACCGACAUCGCCCUGCUGCUGCCGAGUAAAGGAGAGGUCGCCCCGCACACCUUCAGCAGGGUCGACAAGAACCUCAACACGGGGAUGUGGGGUCCAGCUCUGUACGUCUGCUACAAGAGAGCCGUGGCCAAAGCCAACGCGCUGGUCUACAAAGCCGGUCUGCUCAGUCGGUACCCGGAGGAGGACCUGGAGGCGUUUCCUCUGCCCGAGUCGGUGCCGGUCUUCUGCCUGCCAAUGGGCGUCACCGUGGAGAGCUGGCCUCUGAACGCCAAGUAUCAGCUGCCCGUCUUCUCCACCUUCGUCUUCACCUCCGCCUCCGGGGACAAGGUCUACGGAGCCGCCAUCCAGUUCUACGAGUCGUUCUCUCGGGAGCUGCUGUCCGAGCGGCAGAGCGUGAGGCUCGGGCUGCUCAGCGUGGUCGACCGGCGGCCCAUCACAAACCGCAGCCUGCAGGUGAAGAAGAGCAUCUGCGUCCUCUCCCACUGGCCCUUCUUCACCGUCUUCCAGAAGUUCCUCACCUUCGUCUACAGAUACUCCAUCUCCGGACCCCACGUCCUGCCGCUGGAAAAACACAUCUCCAGCUUCAUGCACAACGUCCCCUUUCCCUCCCCGCAGAGACCUCGCAUCCUCGUUCAGCUCUCACCGUACGACAACCUGCUGCUCUGCCAGCCGGUCUCCUCUCCACUCCCACUCAGCGGUGCGAGCUUCCUGAAGCUGCUGCAGAACCUCGGUCCAGAGAACGCCUGCACACUGCUGCUCGCCGUCCUCACCGAACACAAACUGCUGCUGCACUCGCUCCGCCCCGACGUGCUCACCUCCGUCUGCGAGGCCGUCGUCACUAUGAGUUUCCCGCUGCGCUGGCUCUGUCCCUACAUCCCUCUGUGUCCGCUGCAGAUGGCCGACGUGCUGUUGGCGCCGAUGCCGUUCAUCGUGGGCGUCCACUCCAGCUACUUCGACCUGUACGACCCCCCCACCGACGUGGUGUGUGUCGACCUGGACACAAACACCAUCUUUCAGUUGGAGGACAAGAAGCCGUUGUCAUGGAGAUCAUUACCCAGGAAGCAGGGGAAGAUGCUGUUCAACACACUCACCAACCUCCACAAGACCCUCGAGAAGAUUUGCACUCCAGGCCAGGAGGAGGCGACGUUGGAGUUCCUGUUGACAGAUUACGAUCAGAUCUACCGGAGUCAGAAGCAGCUGGAGCUGGAGAUCCAGGAGGCGUUUCUUCGCUUCAUGAGCUGCCUGCUGCGGGGAUACAGAGCCUUCCUGCUGCCCAUCACGCAGGCUCCUUCAGACACCACCACCGACUGCAGCUCCCUCUUCAACCUGCAGGGUUUCUUGAAGUCUCGAGAUCGGACGCAGCAGAAGUUUUACUCUCAGCUGACGAGGACUCAGAUGUUCACUCAGUUCAUCGAGGAGUGCUCCUUCGUCAGCGACCGACACGCCUGCCUGGAGUUCUUCGACGAGUGCGUCCAGAAGGUGGACGUGGAGAAGCCCGAGGAGGUGAGGCUGGUCGACCUGGACGAGACUCACAGCGGGGAACACACGGUCUUCAUCAUGCCUCCCGAAGAACCGCAGGAACCUGACGGCUCCGAGUGUCCCGCCCUCUACAGUUAUGAAACUUUCCCUACGCUGAAGCCCGAGUUCUUCGACCGACCUCAGGACCAACUCAGAGUCCCCACUAAAGGAAGCGCCCCCAGUAGCCCCGCCCCCAGACGCACAAAACAGGAGAUCAAGCUGGCACAGAAGAAAGCUCAGAAGUACUCCACCGUGCCCGACAUGUGGUCCAAGUGUCUGCUGGGUCACUGUUACGGCCUCUGGUUCAUCUACCUGCCCACCUUCGUACGGGCGGAGAGUGCCAAGGUCCGCACACUGCACGCGGCCUACGACGUCCUCAAACACAUGGAGAACCGUAAAGUGGUGCUGCCAGACGAGGUGUGUUACAGGAUCCUGAUGCAGCUGUGUGGUCAGUACGGUCAGCCCGUCCUCGCUGUUCGAGUCCUGCUGGAGAUGAAGAAGGCUGGAAUCACACCCAACACCAUCACCUACGGAUACUACAACAAGGCCGUGCUGGAGAGUAAGUGGCCAUCCACCAGUCAGGGCGGGCGUCUCCGCUGGGCCAAGCUGAGGAACGUCCUGCUGGCUGUGGCUCAGUUCAGACAGCCAAUCAAACGGCGGCAGAAGAGCGGCUCCACGGGCUCACGGGGAGAAACAACAAUUGACCCUGACCAGAGGCUCCGCCCCCAGUCGACUCUGAUUCGUCAGUCCAGUUGGAGCGGUCUGUCCGAGAGCUCCAGUCACGAGUCUCUGACGUGUCUGAUGGUGAAGAGCAACAGUCUGAGCAGCAUGAAGACGCCCAGCGACAGGCUGACGCUCUGCAAGAAGACGAUCCUCAGUAACGCUGGGACCAACGGCUGCACUGACUCCGCCUCCUGUAAGCCUCCGAUGGGACACAGAGACACCUCCACCCCUCCUCCUCCGGCGCCCCCUGGUGGUGUGGUGGUGCGUCGGAGUCAGGUCUGCCUCUCCACCUUCUACAAAGACUGUGCAGAGUCGGCCGAAUCCGAGCCCGACUGCUGCCAGCCUGCAGAGAGAGACGGCAGACCUGCCGGGACUCGUGACACGGCUAGCAGGAACAAAGCUGUAGACGAGAACUACAACAACGUCUCCUCCCCGAGCAGAGGAGGUCUGGCAGGAAAACUGCAGCAGCUCCUCACCCCGACCAGACACCGAGUGUCCGUCAGACGGGCCGCCAGCGUGGACGACAGGAGGCCCGGAGGAGGGGGAGGAGGGGGGGUGGGACGGAGAGUGUCUGAGCAGAGGCAGUCCAGGAAAGCUCAAGUGGCUGAAACGCUGCUGAAAGCCAAAGAGAGGCUGGUCAGCGCUACGUCUGAGAGUUCGCUGUCAGUAGGAAGUGACCUGGACCUGACGGACAUGCCGAGUCCAGCCUAUCCUCUGCGCAGGUCCUGGGAUGCCAAUCAGGAGGGGGCGGGGCUAGAGGUGUUGAUGUCGAGCUGCUCUCUGUGUCGCAGCUGUAACUCGCUCGUUUACGACGAGGAGAUCAUGGCGGGCUGGACGUCAGACGACUCCAACCUGAACUCGUCCUGUCCGUUCUGCAGCGCGUCCUUCGUCCCCUUCCUGAAUGCCGAGAUCUGCGACCCCGGACCCCUCAAUAGUGCAGAGCGCUGCAACUGGAACGUGGAGGACGAGGUGGAGAGCGCGGUGAGGCCCCCUAGUGUUCAUGAACCCUCAGUGCGAUCCCAUCAGUGUAACGGUCUGAGCGACGACUCCAGUUCAGAGACCAGCAGCUACUCAGAGAACAGCAGAACCACCACGGGCUCCUCAGUGGGCGGCGGCCCCCAGGUAGCGGUGGCCUACCUGAGUCCUCUGGUCCUGAGAAAGGAGCUGGAGAGUCUGCUGGAGAACGAGGGCGAGGCGGUGCUGGCUCAGCCUCAGUUCCUGGAGAACCACUCCAUCAUCUUCUGGAACCUGGUGUGGUACUUCCAGCGUCUCGGCCUGCCCAGUAACCUGCUGCAGCUGGUCCGAGCGUCGCCACUGGUCAGCCAGAUCACACAGUCGGAGAACUCGGCGGUGAGGGUGCGGCUCCUCUGGGACACCCUGAGCCCCGACACAGACCAGUGGCCCCCGCUCUACAUCCUCUGGAGGAUCCACAGUGGCGUCCCGAUGAGGAGCUACUGCUGGCGGAGACACAACCACCCGUUCUCGCUCUCCUUCCUGGAGGAGGUGCUGCGCUGGGUCGGCAUGAACGAAGUGCACAAAGCCGUCACGCUCUUCCUCGACACGCUGGCCAAACAGCCCGGAGCAGCGCGGACGCAGAGGAGUUUGUACAGAGAGUUCCUCUUCCUCACUCUGGCAGCUAUGGGCAAAGACCACGUCGCUGCAUUCGAUAAGAAGUACAAGGCGGCGUACUCUCGUCUCAGCAACACUCUGGGUCGUGAGGAGCUGCGCAGGAAGCGAGCUCAACCUCCCAGCCCAAAAGCCGUCGACUGCAGACGCAGCUUCCACCCGCCGCUCGAGUGCUGAUCAUCCAGGACUCUAAAACUCCUGCAGCUUCAUCCCUCCUGAGGGGGGAGGAGCCUAAUCCCAGGAUCGCUGCUGCCACAGCCUGCUUGUGUACUCGUCGCCUCUCUGCUGCCUCCUGGUGGACGUCGGGAGUGACGCGCCCCCUCCCUGUCCCUCUGUCCCUCUGUCCGCCUCGUCGAUGUGAAUCCAGCAGCUUUUAUGUCUCCUUUAAAGAUCCGACAGAGACGGACUGAAGAGUUUCUCCACGAGGUUGAAAACUGAGCCCAGAUCAGAGCGGAACGUGGAGUCGAGUGAAGGAAACCGCGGGUUCCUGCAUGUCCAGAACCAUCAGCUGUGUCCGUUUUAACUUUCAUUUUUCCCUUGUUUUAACAUUCUCAACUAGACGUUUCAAAUCGGACCUGAGAGUCGCUGCAGGAGCUCGUCUGACUGCGUCUGAGGACUGAGAGGGCGUGCACAUUUUAAACCCAGGAGUCAGAUUUUAUUUUCAGUGUGUGACCAACAACGGCGUCUAGGAUUUAACUCUUAGAGUGCUGAAGUACAAACCAGGGUGUCACCAUACCAGACUAGCAGAAGUCUUUGGACCCCAGUGUGUCAGGUCGUUUUCUUGUUUUUAUUAUCAAACUCCAGCACGCCGCCUACAUCGCACAAACACGCUGGUCACGCUUCUGUUCUAAUGUUUCCAAUGUUUGUGUGAUGUAGUCAGUGCUCUCUCUCUUUCAGUGCUGACGUUUUCUUAAGCUUAGAUUCAUUUGGAUCCUAGCGAUCAUUAAACUAACCGAGAUUCUAGCGUUUUAAAAACGGGAGUGAAAGUAUCAGGAGUGAUGAGGACCUGACAGCGCUGCAGCUCGGUCGAGACUUCAAAAGGGAAGUUGUCAACCAGAAGACGAGAAGGAGACUUUACCCUCGCUGAAUCUCUCUUCUCAGCAGAGUUCACCUCAGUGUCACUUUUUGGAUCAAUCCUGAAAAAAAAGAGUUUAAAAAGCUAUUUUCAAAAAAGUACUGAAGUUAGUCGAUCACUCUGAAGGAAACACAACAAGAAGCAAGAAGAGACUUUUUAUUACCCGCUCAGAUUCAUGUGUUCUGUUCGUCUUCCAUCAGAUAAAGAAGACCGUCGUUUAAGUUUACAUCGAGCCUACAACAAAGUGUGUUCACGUUGUGGACUUCUGUCAGAUCAGGAAACACGACCAGACAUGAAGCUCAUCACUUUGGUCAGUGUCACUUUGGUUCAAACAUUAUUUAGACUUGAGACUAAAGUUGAGAGUCUGUGUGAUCAUCCAGCUGAGACUGGAUCCCUCUCUCUGUCAGACUCCCUCAGAGCUCUGAAGAAGAAGAAGAAGAAGAAGAAGCAUCAUCAUCCCUCUGAGUCAGAGCCAGACACCAGAGAUACAUGAGUGAGUCUGUUCAGUGUUUCUCUGCAGAACAGGUUGGAUUGUGUCUUUGCACCUUUGGCCUCUCUAACAGCGUCAGGGUCUAAAUCCCAACUUUUGAAAGAUUCUACAUUUAAGGGGAAAGUGAAAAGAUUACAGAGGCAUUAGAGGAUGAGCUCAUGUUCUCAGGUGUGUGUGUGUGUGUGUGUGUGUGUGUGUGUGUGUGUGUGUGUGUGUGUGUGUGUGUGUGUGUGUGUGUGUGUGUGUGUGUGUGUGUGUGUGUGUGUGUGUGUGUGUGUGUGUGUGUGUGUGUGUGUGUGUGUGUGUGUGUGUGGUGAAAUAAUCCACACACAUAAAAAAGUGAAAAUGCGUCUGCAGUUCAGAUGUGAAAGAACAAAAACAACUGUCCAGUUUUUAAAGUUAUAAUGAAGACAUAUAGAAUCCUCAUCACAGCAUCUGUUUGUCUCUAGAAUCAUAAACUUAAGACGAUAUUUAUGGGAUGUUAAUGCUGCCGUGACAGCCAGAAAUCGUUUCCAGGCUUGUCGGCCCAAAACCAGACACUCACCGGGGGAGCGACUCAGUGUGUGAGCACGCUGCAGGAAUCAGCAGAGAUUUCAACCUGCAUUCACAAUUUAUCAAAACCAGUAGAGAACAAAAUAAAGCAAAACGGAGACAUGUCACUUCAUGUCUCUAAUCUUCUUCAUGCUCUCUCUUCCAGCGCCACUGAUGGGGAAAAUGAGCAUAAUAGGAAGGGACGUUAGUGGACUUUAAAGAUCAAAGCCCGUAUGUUUUAACCUCAGUAAGAGUCUAAAUGACCAACACAGAGACGUUUUUGAGCCGCAGCAGGGUUAUCAAAACACUCAGAGCGGCUUUUAGUGAACCAUCGAGGAGCUGCUGAAGAAAUCUACUGGAUUAAUUGCAAUUUUUAUUUGACCUUUAACCCCAUUGAGAAAUUAGGCCCAUUUUUCAAAAGCAUCUCCAAUAUUGAUCCUAGUUUGAGCACGUUUCUGCUCGUGGAGCUUAUUAGAAACAUGCAGAGGCUUUUUAGGUCGGGUACAAUCACUUCUAUCUGAACCACUUCUCUUGCCCGCCUCCAUCGCUGCAACACCUGUUGACCUGAUAACUGCUCUCAUAUCUGACAAACCGAGGGGCGUCCAAAACGGCCGUGUGGGGGCGUGUCUUAAAAGCGCCUACCUUCUCUGGUCCAAACAAAUCCAGAGCAUUCAGGAGCAGAAUCUAAAGUUAGAAGGAGGACAUACUGACUGCUGCAUUGUUGUCAGAGAAGCCAGCACUUCAACAUGUUUCCUUAAUGAUCAGAUAGUAAGAUACCUUUAUCAUCUCACUCUCUACACAGCUCACUGAUUGGUCCUUUAACAGGAUUAACUCCGCCUUUUCUCUCCACCAGACUCCACUAACAUAAAUCAGCACCUUUACUUUCAGAGGUUUGGGAGUGUCUGCUACUCAUGUAACAAACAAUAACACAAAGAAAGUGAAUGAUUGGUCGAAGAGGCAGCAAGUGCAAAGAUGAAUCCGCCCUCUCAGCCACGCUCUGUUUCCUGUCUGUGCUUCCUGAUUGGUCAGAGAAAUCCUGCUGGUUGGUUUUUAACUUCCGAUGUUAAAGAAGAGAAAUGAAAACGUCAUUAAACUGAGAGAGGUGUCCGCUCGGAGGGAUGACACCACGCUGAGAGUCAAACUUGUGAAGAGAAAGUUUACUGUACAAACUGUGAAAGCUUGAGAGGUGGUGAGCCGAGGGGUCAAAGGUCACGCAGACAAACAUGCACUGUAUCUUGUACCGCAGCGGUUUAUUCAGAGUGAGACUUAAAGGGACUUUGAGUCGACUUUACGUUGAGGUUGUUUUAUGAUUAAAUGAAUGGCCGUCAGCUCCGAGGAGACGAGUGUAUUUAAAAUAGAAACUUGUGUUUGCUGUUUGUUGUAAUUUAUAUCUGGCUGUGAUUUCAGUUGUAAAUGUUUGUUUUUAUAAGAAAACACAAAAUUAAAAGACGGGAUGAGCCCGA